AUGUCGCCAUCGACAAGCGGUAGCGAAAAUGACGGCGAUGAUUUGGAUCUGUCCGAUGACGAUUUGGGAGACGUUGGGCUGUGGCUGGGGAGGAGUAGUCUGGCGAACACCAUGCUCUCGGAGGAUGAUGGGGAGGGUGAGAUACCCGUGUACAGCUUAGGUCAGGGCAUGAUCGAGUACGGCCUGAGCGAGGAUGAGAAGGAAGAAGACCAACACACGGAGGGAUAUAAAAACAGGAGAAUCCGGUUCCCACGCAUCCUGAGUUACUUCGAGGGGGUUAAGAAUG